GUUCUAGACUGCAGCGCAGAAGUCACUUUAAAUGAGCAGGCUAGAGGUAGGCAGUGAGCUCUGGUGGAGGACAGCACAGACAGUUCCUCUCAGCAGAUGACAUGAAUCUUUAUCUCUCUGCUGCUCAGCUAUGGGAAGAACUGAAAUCGAAUCAUUUGGCCAAAUACGGGGCAGUUACUGCAGCUACAGCAAUUAGUUUGGUUCUGCUGAGAAAGUGGAUUGCUGGUGGAGUAUGCCACAGCCAUGUGCGAUUAGAUGGGAGGACAGUGGUCAUCACUGGUGCCAACACUGGCAUUGGAAAAGAGACAGCCCGGGACCUGGCUAAAAGAGGAGCUCGAGUUGUGAUGGCAUGCCGAGACCUCACCAGAGCGGAGAAGGCUGCAGCAGAGAUACGUCGUUCCACAGGAAAUGGCAACGUGGUGGUCCGACAUUUAGAUUUGGCUUCCUUCUUCUCAGUCCGUCAGUUUGCACAUGAAUAUAUUUCCACAGAAGACCGACUGGACAUACUCAUCAACAACGCUGGAGUGAUGAUGUGCCCCCACAGUCUCACAGAGGAUGGGUAUGAAACUCAGUUUGCUGUCAAUCAUCUGGGCCAUUUCCUUCUGACUGUUUUGCUCCUGGACAUGCUGAAGAACUCGACCCCUAGCCGUAUCAUCAAUGUGUCCAGCAUUGCUCAUAAAGGGGGAAAGAUCCAUUUUGAUGACCUUAACUUCAACAAAACACCAUAUAAUUCCUUGAUCAGUUACAGGCAGAGCAAACUAGCCAACGUUCUGUUCACCAGAGAGCUCUCACGGCGGAUCAAAGGGUCUGGAGUAACAGCCUUUUCCGUGCACCCUGGAGUGAUCCGCACUGAGCUGGGCCGAUAUGUGGAGAUGCGCCAUCCUGUGGUCAGUACCCUGCUGUCCCUUCCUGCCAUCCUCCUCAUGAAGACCCCGAAGCAGGGAGCUCAGACUACCAUUUACUGCACCAUCACUGAGGGACUGGAAAAAUACAAUGGCUGUUACUUUAGUGACUGCCGGAUGAUGGAGCCAGCGCUGGAGGCUAAAGAUGACCUUGCUGCCAUGAGGCUGUGGGAUGUGAGCGCUAAGCUGGUGGGCUACAAAGAAGAGAACUAAUCCCAGGCAACAUCCCAAACCAGUGAUGUGAUCUUCCACCACCAGUACAUGCCUACAGCAGAAUGAUCAGAGCUCCUGCUGAAAAUCAGUCUGCUCUGUGCCUGCUUUAUUAAUACAUCUUUACAUGCUUUUGUCACAACAGAUUUCAUACAUUUUAUAAAACACUGGAAAUGGAAAAUAAGUAAUGAAGAAAAUGGUCAUUUGUAACAUAUCAUAUAGAACACUUGUGUACCUAAACUUUAGAAUCAUUUUAAAUUAAUUUGUUUAGAUCUGAAAUUACUGUCACUUUUUCAUGAUAAAAUUGCAUUUUUUCACUUCACUACCUGAUGAACAUUAUCUUUUUUUGUCACCGUUAAAACUGAUUUCAGCCUAUCCUUAUAUCUUUACGUGUGACCGAGUAGUUUGGCUAAAAUUUGUAUAAAUUACUUUAGCUCUGGUUAGCUGUUGUCAUUACUGUGUAAUUAAUAGUGAUAUUACUAUGGCAAAGAUGAAUAAAAAAUAAACAUGA